CGGCUUUCUGCUGUUUCAACCUCAUGACCUCCGCAUCUCUGAAAGUGAACAUAAUAGUUAUUAACCUUUAGCUUGCAAAACCGCCAGAUCAUUUUUUACUUUGGUUUCUUGCCAAAGCUCUCUGAUGUUCACGAUAACUUUGUAUAAAACACAUAUUUCACCACUUCCACUCUCUAAAAAGCUCUUAAUUGCUAAAGCACACCUCCUCCCUUCAAUAAGCAUCGCUAUCUAACUCCUAAAAGCACUCCCAAUUUUUGCAGGGGGAUAUAGUAAAGGGGUAUUGUACGGGUUCGUGGAAGAGGUAUACUAUAGGAAUGUUUCUUAGUACAACAAGGAAGCACCGAUAGACAGGAAGUACUACAGAAAAAAAGCUUUAUUAUUAUGUAACCGUAUAAAUUAAACUUAAUAAUAUGCAUUUCAUAUAAACAAUGAUACAUGUGAUCGCUAAUCGGUGAAAAUACAAAUAUUUUAUUGAUACAAGAAGGAAAUACUAGAAGAUAUAAAGAUGUUCCGUAUUAGAAUGAUAACAGAAACUUCAAAAUAUUUGAAGAAUUACUUGCUACAAACAAGAGUGGGUGCAAAGAGACGGCCAUCAUUCGAUGAAAUUGAUUGUCAUCUUGCUUGUGACCCUACAGCAUUGUAUGCUGCGGAGUUGGAUGGUACACCAAUUGGGAUUGCUUGUAUCUUCAAAUACGAGGAUGGUUAUUGCCAUGGAGGUGGGACGUACAUUGAGAAGAACCAUCAAAAGUCUGGCUAUGGAAUGGAAAUACUUAGACACGUCGUAAAAAACUCUGAACCGAUUUCAAAUCUAACCACAUAUGCACGGACAUCUAAAAUGCCAGAAAUGUUCAAAAAAUAUCUUGGCAAUGUUGAUUUCUUGUUCUCGGCAGAGACUCAUAAUAUCAAUUCAGAAACAAGUGUCAAAAAACUCCAAGGAAACUCCAGUGAUGCUUCGUCAUAUCAUGUGAGAGAAGUUGCAGAUGCUAGCUUUGAAUCGUUGGUGAAAUAUGAUAAAGUAAUAUUUGGAUAUGAUCGGAAACAGUUUUUACACAAGUGGUUGUAUUCACCAGCAAGCCAUGCAUGUGUUGCUUUGAAUAGCGAAGGAUCUGUGGCUGGGUAUAUUGUUGCACGAGAGUCAGUUGUUCCCAAUGAAGGUUAUAAAAUUGGACCAUUAUAUUGUGAGAAUAUCAGCAUUGCAAAUGCUCUUCUCAAACCAGUACUUGAGCAAAUCAACAAGCAAGGAUCAUCCUCUUCCGUUCAUAUUUGUUGCCCAAUUGGCAAAAAUCCACAAGUUGAAGAACUUUUGAAGUCUCUAGACAGUGAAUAUGUUUACAAGCAUAGCUUUAUCGCCACAAAUGGCCUACCAAGAGGUCAUCAUGAGCAUUGGUUUGCAAUUACAUCGACAUUUUCUGGUUGAAAAUCCCAUUUGCACAAUGCUUCAUCAGACAAUAUCAUGACUGUGUUGCUGCUAUGUUCGUAACUUUCAGAUCUAGUUGCAAUUUUUGUUACAAAUUAGAGUAUAAUAUGUAAUUCUAUUUUAGGUUAUUUUAAUAUGUGUAAGAACUCUUCGAAGAACUGUAUUCGAAAAAGUAUUUCCAGAAAAUAUUCUCUAGAGUGAAAGCACUAAUAGAAAUGUUUCUAAAUACGAAUAAAGAUGUUUCGCUUGAAAAUGAUAACAAAAUCAGCAUAUUUGAAGAAUUAUUUCCGACAGAUAAGGCUAAGGAUAAAAAUGCGUCGAUCAUGUGAUGCAUGCGUAUUUUCACAAGCAAAUUGAGUCUAGGAAAGUUGAUGUUUGCAAGCGGCAUUUUUAGGACGAGGUAAUGGAAUAUUGUGAGAGUUAACCACUUUUCGUUGCUAAUUUAUAUUAUUUUUUAACUAGAACAGAGUAAACCAAGCGAGAAGUAAUGCAUAUUAAAUAGUGCUUCAUUGUUGACACAAAACAGCGGAUUACGUAAGCAUUACGUAAAUCUUGACCUUUCUCGCCUUUUGGCGUGAUUCACUGCAUGACUUUAUUAUAACGGCAUAUUUACUAAAAUGAUUAAUUGUAAUGUUUUCAAAAACAAAAUGUAAUAAAGAUUUUUUUCCCUUUACAACUGGAAAAACUAAACCUGUACGCCUCCCCCUAAAUAAAUUUCACCAUCUCCAGUUACGACGAGGCUAGAACUACGUAAUUAAAUAAAGUUGUGAACAGCAGAGGAUCUGUAGCUGGGUAUAUUGUUGAACGAGAGUCGGUUGUUCCCAAUGAAGGCUAUAAAAUUGGACCAUUAUAUUGUGAGAAUAUCAGCAUCGCAAAUUCUCUUCUCAAACCAGUACGCAGUAUGCGAAUCAACU